AUGUCCCCCAAAAAAAUUCUCGUUUUGGGCAGCGGUUCGGUUGCGAAGCCAUGUGUUGACUAUCUGCUCCGUGAUCUGAAUAAUCACCUUACAAUCGCUUGCCGUACGCUCGUUAGCGCAAAAGUCUUGUCCCGUAAUCAACCUCGGACAACACCGAUCAGCCUCGAUGUCACCUCAAGCGAUCUUGAUCGUGUGAUAGCAGACCAUGAAGUUGUCGUAUCACUUGUUCCGUUCAUAUAUCACCCCACAGUCGUGCGAUCUGCCAUCAAGGGUAAGACAAAUGUUGUUACAGCAAGCUAUGUCUCUCCAGAGAUCAGAGCCCUUGAGAAUUUUGCCGUAGAAGCUGGCAUCACCAUUGUGAACGAGGUUGGAGUCGACCCGGGCGUGGACCACCUGUAUGCAGUGAAAACCAUUGGAGAAGUCCACGAGAAAGGCGGCAAGAAAUUGAUGACUUCGAUACAGAUCAAAGAGUUCUACUCGUAUUGUGGUGGGCUUCCAGCCCUAGAGGCAGCCAACAAUCCCUUGCGAUUCAAGUUCAGCUGGUCUCCUCGUGGUGCUCUACUCUCACAGUGCAACUCUGCAACCUUCUUGCAGGAAGGCCGCGAAGUCACAAUAUCAAGCAAGAACUUAAUGGCAUCAGCUCAACCUUACUACGUCAUGGAUGGAUACUCAUUCGUGGCAUAUCCCAAUCGGAACUCUCUACCUUUUCGUGAAUUUUACAACAUUCCAGAGGCGCAGACUAUCAUCCGGGGUUCUCUUCGAUACAAGGGAAAUCCUGAGUUGGUCAAAGCCUUAUUCAGUCUUGGUUGGCUCAAUCCAGAAGAAAGAUCUUGGUUGGGAUCAGAAAGUACAUGGGCCCAGCUCCAGCAGAGAACAACUGGCGCUGUCAGUGCGUCUGAAGUUGACCUCAUCUCAAGAGUAGAUGAGCUCUGCUCAUUUAGUGAUUUGGAAGAACGAAGCGCUGUGCUGGAGGGUUUGCGGUGGAUUGGUCUUUUCUCCGAAGAGAAUGCACCAGUCAAAAAUAACCUUCUUGACACACUUUCAAGUCGCUUGGAAUCACUUUGCAGCUUUCGCCCUGGCGAACGGGACCUAGUGAUGCUCCAACACAAGUUUGUGGUGGAGUGGCAGGACGGCAAAAUUGAUCCCAUCACUUCGACUAUGGAACUUCUUGGAGAUCCCGAAGGUGACCACGCAAUGUCGAAAUCUGUUGGGAUAACUUGUGGUAUUGCCACCCAGCUGUUGUUAGACGGUCAUCCAGCCAUUGCCAAGCCCGGUAUAGUCGCGCCAUACACGAAGGAACUCUGUGAUGCUCUUCGAGCAAAGGUGGAAGCAGAGAACAUCACAUUGAUCGAGAAGGUUCUCUAA